CAAAACCACCUCAGGAUGUCUGUAAUCCCGCGAGGGACAGCAACGCUUCGUAAAGCAAAGAAAAUCACUGUAAAAACGUGUCUCGAUAACCCCUUUGUUUUGGAAUGGAAAACUAUAGAUGGAGAAGAUAUGCAUUUCAUACUGCAGACCUUAGAAGAAAGGAUCAAACAUACUGGUCUUAAAAAGAUCGAGACUGCAAGAAAGAAAAAACGUUCCCUUUCAAAAAAACAAAUGGAAAGAAAGCGUGAUGCUAGCACCAAUGAACUCGCCAAGGAGGAGGAAACAGAAGGCCAUCAGCAAAAACCAGGAUGGACUGAUAUAAGUAUCCGAAGGCAGCUUGCUAUUGGAGUUAAUGAAGUUACAAAAGCACUGGAAAAAAAUGAACUUCUUCUCUUGCUGGUGUGCAAGUCUGCAAAACCUGCCAUGAUCACGUCGCAUCUCAUCCAGCUGAGCGCAAAUCGAGCCACGCCAGCAGGACAGGUUCCCCGUCUCAGUGAAACAGUUGCACCGCUUCUUGGCUUAACGUCCAUUUUAGCACUAGGCUUUAAAAAGCAGUCAGACAAAUUUACUGAAGCAAUAGAAGCAAUAAUUCCAAAGAUCCCAGCGUUGGAGGUGCCCUGGUUUCAGUUCAGAGCUGAAGAAUCUGUUGCGCAUUCAGAUUCCUCAGAAGUUCACGAACCCGAGCAGCUCGCAGAGGGGCCCGGGGACGAGCUCACAAGCCAGAAGCGGAAGCGCACGGAGAGCAGUCAGCUCGAUCUUGCCCAUGUAAUUCUGCAGCCUCUGAAAAUCAAGAAACUUGUUCCAAAUCCAAAUAAGAUAAAGAAACCUCCUCGCAGAAAGAAAAAAGCUUUUUGA